CACGCCGCGCGGAAACGGGCGUUGCUGGCGGCCAACGAGGAGGAGGACCGCGAGAUCCGCAAGCUGGAGCGCCGCCUGGGCCUCAGCAAGCGCCGGAGGCGGGGCGACGCCAGCGCCGUGCCGCUCAGCUUCGCCCGCGACGGGCUCGACUACAUCCUGGGCGCCCUCGGGUCGGGGGCUGGCAGCGGCCUGUACGACAGCGGCGGGGACAGCGAGGCCGACGGGGACAGCGGCGGGGAGGCGGAGAGCGACGGGGACAGCGAGAGCGACGGGGACAGCGAGGCCGAGAGCGACGGGGACAGCGACGCCGAGGAUGGGAGCGGGGAGCAGGAGGACCUGGACGAGCAGGAGGCCGGAGCGCGGAGCGAGCAGGAGCAGGAGGCGCUGGAGGACAAGCGGGAAGAAGAACCAGCCGGCGGGAGGGCGAAGGAGAAGGGGAGGAACCGGAGAGUCCGUUUUGCGGAGGACGCGGGAGGGAGUGAAAAUUCCCCGGCGGCGGCUGUUGCCGCAGCGGACCAGCAGAGUCUUGGUGAAAAGUACAUCCCCCCUCACGUGCGGCGCACUGAGGAGACAGUGGACGCUCAGAAGAGAGAAGAGAGGGAGAGGCUAAGGAAGCAUGUCCAAGGUCUAAUUAACAGGCUGAGUGAGCCGAACAUGGCCUCCAUAAGCGGGCAGCUGGAGGAGCUGUACAUGGCCCACAGCAGGAAGGACAUGAAUGACACGCUGACCGGCAUCCUCGUGAGCGCCUGUGCUCCGGGCAUGGCCAUGCCCAGUCGGCUGGUGAUGGAGCACGUGCUCCUUGUCAGCAUCCUGCACCGCACCGUGGGGACAGAGGUUGGAGCUCACUUUCUGGAGGCCGUGGUGAGGAAGUUUGACGACGUCUAUAAAAAGGGAGGCGAAGGCAAAGAGUGUGACAACCUGUUCACCAUCAUCGCCCAUUUGUACAACUUCCACGUGGUUCAGUCUCUCCUCAUCUUUGACAUUCUGAAAAAACUUAUUGGAACUUUCACAGAGAAAGACAUAGAACUGAUCCUGUUAAUGCUGAAAAAUGUGGGCUUUUCGUUGAGAAAAGACGAUGCUUUGUCACUUAAGGAGCUGAUCGCAGAGACACAGGCCAAAGCCAGUGGGGCAGGUGGCAAGUUCCAGGACCAGACCAGGAUUCGCUUUAUGCUGGAGACGAUGUUGGCCCUGAAGAACAAUGACAUGCGAAAGAUUCCGGGCUAUGACCCUGAGCCUGUAGAGAAACUAAGGAAAUUGCAAAGAGCCUUGAUACGCGGUGCCGGCUCGGGCACAGAAUCUCAACUGCGUGUGUCCUGGGACAGCGUCCUGAAUGCUGAGCAGACUGGGCGCUGGUGGAUAGUGGGGUCCGCCUGGAGUGGGGCCCCAAUGAUCGACAGCAGUCAGCAGAAGGCACCACAGAAGCCGCUUACAGGCACAGUUAGCGCGAAGAUGCUGGAGCUUGCCCGCAAGCAGAGGAUGAACACCGAUGUCAGGAGAAACAUAUUUUGUACAAUUAUGACCAGUGAAGAUUUCCUGGACGCAUUUGAGAAGCUUCUAAAGCUUGGCCUCAAGGAUCAGCAGGAGCGGGAGGUCAUCCACGUGCUCAUGGAUUGCUGCCUUCAGGAGAAGACGUACAACCCUUUCUACGCCUUCCUGGCCGGCAAGUUCUGCGGCUAUGAGAGGAGGUUCCAGAUGACGUUCCAGUUCAGCAUAUGGGACAAGUUUCGAGACUUAGAGAGCUUGCCGGCCAGCAACUUCUCCAAUCUGGUGCACCUGGUGGCCCACUUGUUGAAGACCAAAUCCCUCCCACUUUCCAUUUUAAAGGUGGUUGAAUUCAGCGAAUUGGAUAAACCCAGAGUCCACUUUUUACGGAAAGUGCUACACAUGCUGUUAAUGGAAACAGAAGUUGAGGACCUUGGUCUAAUUUUCACAAGGGUGUCGGACAACCCAAAGCUGGGCAUGCUGCGCGAGGGUCUGAAGCUCUUCAUCAGCCACUUCCUGCUGAAGAGUGCGCGGGCGCACUGCAGUGCCGAGGAGGCCAGUGUGCUGCGGGAGAGGGCCGAGCUCGCCACCAAGGCCCUGCAGGGGAGGGCCUCGCUGAGAAUGUAGGGAGGGUUGUCUGCCGGGCGCCCUUUCUGAACCCAAAGGCCUGUUACUCUGCUGACUGUAAUAGCUAGGAGAGCCGUAUCCUAGUCUGUCGUAUUUAAAAUAUUGUAUUUUGAUACAGUUUUUGAUGCAAGGU